AUGUCAACCAGGCAGUACUUCUCGGAGCUUGAGAGAUCACUGCUUAUCGAACUGGUAGAUAAAUAUAAAGAAACAUUGGAAAGCAAAAAAAAUGAUUACAAAUGUAUAAAAGCCAAGAGUGAAGCAUGGACAAAAGUGGCUGACAAUUUCAAUUCUCAAAAUGGGGUUGUGAAACGGGAUGUCAAACAGUUGAAAAAGUGUUGGGACAAUAUCAAAAGUAGUGCUAAAAAGGUUCUGGGAAAGGACGCAAGAGAAACCAAAUUGACUGGUGGCGGUAAGAAGGACACUGUGCCAAAUGAAGAAGCCCAAGCUAUUGCAGCUAUAAUACCAGCUCAAAUCCAAAGCCUGGAAAACGAAUUUGAUGAUGAUGGCGAUAAUCACACAGAAAAAGAUAAAGUUCGUCAUGAUACAGACACCGAUACUGAUGAGUCCAGUGAUGUGGUUAUCCCGAAAAAGUCUGUCGAAAGAAAAUCUACAGCGAAAGCUGCUGUUACGGCACGUACAUCGACGAUGUCGGAGGCACAAUCGACAGUUCUGAAAAUGCAAGCAGAGCAACAUGUUUUGGAAGUGGAAAUUUUAAGGAAAAAAUCCGAACACAUGAAUGAAGAACACAAACGAAAACUAGAGGUUCUUGACUUGAAGCACAAAUACUGGUCAGCUAAGAUUGCUAAGAUUAAUGAAACACCUUAA